AGGUAAUGACCCUUGUACGUAGUUCUAUUAUUGUGCAGUCCAAGUCAACACCAUAUAUUGUACGUCAUGCAGUUCUUUUAUCUGCAAAACAUCACAAUGAAUAUUGCUGGCAAAAGCAACGAAUCGGUCAACGAGAAAUUGUUGGACCAUCAAGCGGUGGAUAUCAUUUCAUUGACUCAACAGAUCGUCCGUAUCCACCAUUGAGAUUCCGAGCCGAUGAUGAAAUCAUCAAACCGAUUCGUGAAAAGGAAAAAGGUGACUGGAAAAAGUUGACAAUGGAAGAGAAGAAACUGUUGUAUAGAUAUUCGUUCCGACGAACACAAGCUGAGUUGUUGGGCUGGAAUGUGUACUGGAAAAUGUAUCUCGCCUAUGCAUUGAUCUGGUCAUCAAUUGGUCUUGGAGUAGUAGGCCUGCUUAGACAUUUCAGUUAUCCCCCGCAGGUACCCACAUUGAGCGAUGAAUGGAAGCAUGCAGCAAUGCAAAAGAUACUAAUAUUGGAAAAACCACUUCCUGAAGGCGCAGCAACGUUGUACGACUACGAAAACGACCGCUGGAAGGAUUGAUCGGAUAGAAGGCUACGAAAAUUUUUUAGUGUUUUUAAAUACAUGCAAGAUUUUUGUCGUUGAAAUUUUUUUAUUCCUUGCAUUGGGAAUGCAAAUUUCGGAUUUGGGAUUUGUAUUCCUAAGACAGGAAUGAUUGUAUUUAUUAAUCCAUCUCUUUUUAUUGCACGAAAAACUCGAGGAUUAAUUAUUAAAAUGUUAGUUGUAAUAGAUUUUUGUAUUUGUGCCGUACGAACAGAAUAAAAU